UUAUCGUGCGUCCAGAGGCCUCAGGGAAUCGAUAAGCAGCCUCUGACAACGAGGCUCCUCCAAGCCCAUCACGCGGUCUUCUCGUGCCGGCUCCCUGCAGACAGCCAAAAGCAGAAUACCCAUAAACAAUGCGGGUGGUAAUAGUGGGUGCGGGCACCGCCGGUGUCGCUGCGCUCAAGGCCUGCGUCGAGGAAGGCAUCGACGCAGUCUGCUACGAGAGGGACGAAGACAUCGGAGGGCUCUGGUGGUUCCGGGAUGAUAAAACUCCACCAGGACGCUCCACCGUCAUGAGGCACACGGUGGCCAACUCCAGCAAGGAACUGUCCGCCUUCAGCGAUUUUCCCCAGCCGGCAGAGUUCCCGCCGUACCCGCACAACACUCAGAUGCUGCAAUACCUGAGAUUGUACGUGGACCACUUCAACCUCAGAGGACGGAUCAGUUUCGGAAAACAGGUAAAUGCCGUGCAAUGCAACGACGAUUCUGUGACGCUGAAGGUUCAGGAAGGGGACCAAGUUACUCAGGAGACAUUCGACUACUGCCUCCUGUGCCUCGGCCACCACACGGUGCCCAACAUGCCAGAUGCCGUACCUGGCCAGGAACGCUUCGAAGGAAAAUUAAUUCACGCUCAGGACUUCAGAGACGGGACGCCUUUCAAGGGCCAGCGAGUCUGCGUCGUCGGACUCGGAAACUCUGGCGGGGACGUCGCCGUAGAGCUUAGCUGGGAAUCCGCGGUUGUGUUCCUGAGUGCCCGUCGUGGCAACUGGGUUCUGCCACCGUUGAUAGGCGACAGUCCUGCCGACGCUUACUUCAUGAGGAGAAUCAGUGCCUUGAAGACGGGUCUUUUGGUUCGUCUGUUGGGUCUUCGAGGAGCAUCUUGGUUCACGGAGAGAAAACUUGACGCCAUCUGGGACCAUGGCCUGCUGGGACUCAAGCCAGAUCACCCGUACCUCUCCCAGGCGGCCACCAUCAACGGCUACCUGUACGCACGCAUCAUGAGCGGAGCUGUGCGUGUCAGGAAAGGCAUCAAGGCUUUCACCGAGAGGGGAGUCAUCUUCGACGGCACAGACAUUGAAGAGCCCCUGGACGCCGUCGUCUACGCUACGGGAUACAGGGCUGACAAACUACCGAUCGAGAACACGGACGAGGUCCUCCCGCGCGACCAAAUGGGUCGCCCAGUCCUCUACAAGGGCAUCUUUUGCCCCGAGAAGCCACGGCUGGGUUACAUCGGCCACAUCGACGCCAGCGGAAGCCUCAUGGAGAUGUUCGAGAUGCAGUCCAGGUACGCGGCUAGAGUCUUUGCGGGACACAUGACGCUGCCUACUCCCGCUGAAAUGCGAGCCAUCGCUGAGGAGGAUGUCCAGAGGAGGACUAAGGACUUCAUCGACAGUCCACGGCAUCACAUCAUGGUCACCAAGAUGGAGUACGUAGACCAUCUAGCUGAAGAAAUCGGAUGCCGUCCACCACUGCAGCGCCUGUUCUUCACAGAUCCAAGAAUGUUUAAGGCCGUGAUGUUCGGCCCGUUCCUCAAUUCACAGUACCGGCUGGUGGGACCUCAUCCAUGGUCAGGAGCACGCCAGGUACUCCUGGGGUACCAGGAACGCGUCAGGAACGUGCUCAAACCACCACGCCCCGUGCGGGCCAAGUCGCGGGCGGGUUUGGCCGUGGCUGCGGCGUGCACCGCUGCAGCGGCAGCGUUUACGCUGAAGAGCACAUCUGGGAAGAAACCCAAUGGGGAUGUAGGAUCGUCUUGAAGAGGCGUACGUUAUAGGAGUGAUCAUUUCUGGACAACUUUAAGUUGUACGUACUAAAAGAGCUGGAACUAUGCUAAUGAAGUUCACGAUAUGA